UACGCAUUAAAUAUUAACUUCGUUAAUUACAAAGCAAAACCACACACGCCCGCUCAAACAUACAAUAUCGUAACUAUUAUACAAAUACAAUAAUAUUAUACGUAUAACAAUUGAUACAAGGCUAACCAACUACUAUUACUGUUAAGCCUUCCUAUACAGUUUUUGCUGAAGCGGAAGAGUGCCAUAUAUUUAGAUACACGGCGCAAUGGAGUUCAACAGCUUGACCAAUGGCGAGGUGCUGAAGAUUGACAACACACUGACGGCCAUGGGAUACGAGAACAACGUUGAUUUGAGAAAUAAAAUGGGAUGGAUGAUCGACGAGAUGGGCAAAGUAUCAGCAAUGGCACAAGAGUUAAGGUCGCCGAUCACCAGCGCAGAAUUGCUCAUAAAUUCCGAUCACGUCCUCUACAUGAUGAUCGAACACAAUACUUCAGCGAAUUUUGUUGUUGUUGGCAUUUUAAAGACGGGAUGGAAAAAAUUAUGUCUCUACAACAAAGCUGUAGGAUCAUGUAAAGAAACAAUGGUCUAUUGUUUGAUGGAUUUCUACGUCCACGAAUCUAGACAGCAUAAGGGUUAUGGAAAAUAUCUGAUCGAUUACAUGCUACAGGAUAUGCAUUUACGCGCCAAAAAUUUGGCUAUAGAAAAUCCGACUAAAAAUCUAUUAGAGUUUAUGUGGAAACAUUUUCAACUGUCCAAACUAGUAAACCAGGGAAACUAUUUCAUAGUCUAUGAGGAGUUUUUCGAUGAUGCAUUCAACGAAAGGAGCCGUAACGAUGGCGGAAAUGGAACAUCAGCAUCACCGUGUACGUGUCAACCAAUGUUAGGACGACCUGAAACACAAAAACAUCACGAAACGAGUGGCGAAAUUGUACAAGGCAACCCUUCAUUUUCGGAGUUGAAUAAUUAUUACAACCCAGGGAUCAAUUUUGUUGAAAGCCAGUUUAAAGCAGCGAAUGUAAUUCAAAAUGCACAGCAGGAUAGAAAUCCAGUGAAACGAGAUCAGAUAUUCCACCAGACCUAACAUAUACCCAGAACACGAUAAAUAUAACUCAAUUUAAUAAUAUAUGUUAGGCAUAUAAGUAUAUUAUAGUAUAUAGGUAUAAUUGUAUUUUUCUCUAAUAUUUUCUCUUCAUUAUUUUAAAAUAAUAUAAUAUUUAACGUUGUAUAAUUAUUAUCAUCUUGUUUUGAAGUUUAUAAUAUAAUAAUAUUUAAAUAAUUAGGUACUAAUUUUUCCAUCAGCAAAUUAUAUAUUUAUUCUA